UUAGAGCUUUGCAAAGCUAAAAACCAUAAAUCUCUUUUGUUUUCCUCUCUUAGUUUGACAAAUGUAUUAGUUUCAAAUGGGUAGCAGUUACUCUGGUGAACCAAACAUUGGAAAUGAAAGGGGACGAGUGUCUUCAAGGAAAGGCAAGAAGAGUAACUCAGUCAAGCCUAGGGCACCCCAGAGAGGGCUUGGUGUUGCUCAAUAAUUGGAGAUGCUUAGAUUGCAUGAACAACUGGGUUGUGGUUAUCAUCCUUCACUUUUCAAUCAGGAAGAUAUGAGAGUGCAGCAAACUGCAGCUUAUUAUUCAUCUAUGGUGGCAUCUUCUUCAUGCUCAUAUUCAUCAUCCUCAUCAACUUCCUCUGCUUCUUAUGGUUUCCACCCCAGCAUAAUGAUGGGGCUAGGUGAAUAUGAUCAAAGAGCAAACAUCAAUUAUGGUGAUUCUCAACAUAGUACAACAGCAAGUUGGAACCCCAGCAGUAGCAUCUUGGACAGCCAGCUUUAUGCACAACACAACAUGACCAGACAGCUUCUAAAUGUUGAGGAUUCACAACCCCAAAAGAGCAAGAAACACAGGAGCCCAUUGGGAUCCAGUAGUCAGAAUUCUGAAUCAAGUGAAACAAAAGAGCUGGCUUUGGAGCUCAGAUUAUCACUGUAAAAUCAGUAAUAUUUGUACCA